AAAAAUAACCUCAAUAAAACUUAAAUUUUGUAAAAUUUGUUGGUUUAUGUAUGAUUUAUCUGUGUUUUUAUGAUGAAUGUACUAAAAAAGAUAUUAGUACAUCGUAAAUAUCCUGGGUUAAUAGUCCGUCAUGGUUACGCAACCACAAAAAAGAAAAUACCCGAUGGUUCAGAAGAGAAUUUACCCAUAUUUCAGUAUCCCUUGAGCAAAUCCUCCGAUAGACGAGUUUAUGUUUGGGGCUUUGCUGAAACUGGUGCACUAGGAAUACAUUUACCCAGAGGCAAACGAGCCAAGAAAGGCUAUAAGAAUAAUUUUACACUUGCAUGGCAUCCCAUGAGAUCUACUUUUGGAGAGCGAUUUGAUGUUACUGAUAUAGCUUGUGGCUAUGGUUUCACAGUGGCAUCAAUUAAAACUAAUGAGCACCACAAGGUAUUUGGCACAGGCAUCAAUACAGACUCACAGAUUGGAUAUCAUGCACCACGGAUUGGCCACCCUCUAGAACUUCUUUUGAGCCCUGCUCCUAUGUACAUACCUUAUAAAUCUUUGGAGAGUAAAAUAAUAGGUGUUUCAGCAGGAAGAGCACAUACAGCUAUAUUAACAGAUAAUGAGGGUGUGUAUACAUUAGGUAAUAAUGCUUAUGGGCAAUGUGGCCGGAAAAUUAACAAGAAUGAAGAGUAUAAAGGCAGUAUGGUGACCCAUAAUAUUAGUAGAUUAGGUAAAGAAGUCAUAACUAAUGUUUGUUGUGGACAGGAUCAUACGUUGUUUAUAACAGAAUCAGGUAGAGUUUAUGCAAGUGGUUGGGGAGCUGAUGGACAAACAGGUCUUGGAAAUUAUGAGAAUCAAGGAGUUCCAGCACCUGUAAAGGGUGAUAUUACUAGUGAGAAAAUUGUAAAGGUUGCCUCCACAGUUGAUUGUGUACUGGCCUUAAAUGAUAAAGGUGAACUUUUUGGUUGGGGGAAUUCAGAAUAUGGUCAAGUACCAAUGAGUGUUAAGCAGCAACAGGUUAACAUGUCCUAUGCUCUUGUGAAUUUUACAAAAGGUAUUGGAAAAAUAAAAGAUAUUGCUGCCGGCGGUUCUUUCUGUUUGAUAGUCAAUGAACAAGGUGAUGUAUUUGUAUGGGGUUAUGGUUUACUUGGCCUUGGUCCUAACGUGCAGCAUUCAACUAAACCAAAAGUGAUACCUGCACCUCUUUUUGGCCGCAAUGAAUUUAACCCAGAGAGUGCAGUGGAGAAAGUGGCAUGUGGAAUUGGUCACCUAGCUGCCAUUACAAAUAAUGGAGAUCUUUACAUGUGGGGCCGAAACCGAUAUGGCUGCCUUGGUUUGGGUCACAGUAAAGAUCAAUAUUUUCCUUUGAGAGUCUCUGUAGGUGCUCUUGUUUUAAAAGUUGUAUGCGGUGUAGAUCAUACAAUUGUUUUGAGUAAACCAUAUUUAUAAGUAGCUACUGAAAUAUUUCAUUGUAUCUGUGAUUUAUUAAAAUAAGUUUUCAUUUAAAGGUUAUUUAAUACAAUUUAUUACUUUAGUAACUAAAUACCUUCUCAUACUGACUAUAUUACAAAAUAUUAUAGUAAGAGUUUUAAUGCACAAUAAAUCAUUCUAGUAUCGUCACUUGGUUUGAUUUGAACAUUGUUCCUCACACAUUUUCUAUUGAAGGAGAAAGCUACCAACCUCUGAAUGUAUUAGUAUGCUCUCUCUUUCAAUACCACAUUAACUAUUGCUUGCAUUCAUCAUGAAAUGGCUCCAAUGUGCGGAAGUCCCUCCAGGCAGGUGGUAAGAGGGAGACAUGAUGAAGGUGGCAUCCACAUCGUUUGCAUGGCUCGCUAAACAAGUUUACAUAGCUGUGCAACCAGGUCAUGAAUGAUCGCACUGCUAAUUCUGGUAAUGUAGGUGAAUAAAAAUGUAACAUUGCUGCAUGGGCAUUCUCAGUAACUUUUCUGAAUACAUGGUGACGAGAUUCAGUCCAUAAAUCUAAAGUUUCACCAUAUCCUUUCACCAUCACCCACUCCAUAAGAAGACCUUUGAAAGCAACAACAGCUUUAAGGACAUGGCUCAAAUUUAUUUGAACUACUGCAUUACUUGCGAAUGGUCGUGAUAUCGUUAUCUUCAUAUCAUUGUAGGAUCUAUCUAUAUUGUUUAUGACAUUGUCGACUUGUAAAGGCGCGACGUUGUGGUUACUCUGUAAUUUUCCUCUGCGUUUUGUGCUGCCAGAGUUUAUGUAUGACCGUUUCAAUGAGUUUUGACUCAGUAAAGUAUGCGCGAAGGAACUGUAUUCGUGUAUUUUAUCUGUCCAUUUGUAACUAUUCACUAAUUGUGUAUACAACGCUUGUCGGUCUUGAGUAGUUUCUUGACUUAAGAAAGUUGUGUUACCGAGAUUAAAUGGUGCUGUUGGUAUUGGUAAUCCGCUAACGGUUUGUUCUAGAUCUCGGAGGUUGGUAUUCACAUUGUUAAGCAGCUCUUGGAGUUCGAGAAGAAACUUAUCUUUGCCUUCUUCGCCGUGGUCAGCCCGUAAACCGUUUGAAAGCGUAUCAAAGACAUGGCUCACGCUUAGACGCAACGUUCUCAAUGAUGUUAGAGCAGAAUUUAACUGUUCAACAUUUAUUGUUUGAUUCAUGUUCAAAAUGUAUUCAUUGAAAUUUAAUCUAAAAAUAACACUGUUUCGUCCGAUGCUUGCAAAACAAAUUGAUAAUGGCAAGGCAAGCAAGCAAAAUCAAG